AUGCACCUCUUAACCCUCCUCCUCCCCCUCACAACAACAACAACAACAACCGCAACCCCCCUCCCAACUUCCCAAAUCAGACCCGCCAACGCCACAAUCCACAACGCAUGCCCCUUCCCCAUCUACCUAACGCCAGUCUCCUCGACGACACCCCCGGAAACCUGUCUGCCCCAAAACACCACCUGGACGGAACCCUACCGCCACGACGCGCAGACCGGCGGGAUCAGCCUGAAGCUCACCACCGUCCCGAACGGGCUGUACACGGGCGCGCCGCAGACCAUCUUCGCGUACAACUACCUCGAGCGGCCGGGCCAGGUGUGGUUUGAUCUGUCGGAUGUGUUUGGGGAUCCGUUCAGGGGUUAUAAAGUUAGGCUGGGGCCGAUGCCGAUGAUUGUGUGGGAGGAUGGGGUGCCGCCCCGGGGUAGUCAGGUG